AUGUCCAUCCACGAUGACGUCAUGCAGGCGCUUGUGCACCUGACCCUGACGUAUGCAGAACAAUUGGCUCGGGACGUGCAGUUGUUUGCACGGCAUGCCAAGAGGAAAAGAGUGGAACCUGACGACGUCAUUCUCUCAGCUCUCUCCAUCCAUCAGUCUCGUGCAACAACAUUCUACCUCGUGGCAGCCCAUCGGAAUCAAGCAGUAAUGAAGCAGCUCCGAGAAUUUGCGGUAGCUGUGGGGCAAGAGGGGAAGGUCAUUAAGAGCAAAGGUCCAGCCCAACCAGAUGGUUUGUAA